AUGUGGAUACGGGAUCGGGAUCGGUGUUGGGAUCGUGUGUGGGGUGUUCCUCGUGUAUGUGUGGGGUGGGUGUUCCAACAACAACCAGCAGCAACAGCAGCAGCAGCAGCCGCAGCAACAGCAGCAGCAGCAGCAGCAGCAGCACCACACACACCGAUCACCGCCGCGCCGCGAGCUCCUCCUCUCCCUCCCCCCCAUCCCCCCCAUCAACAGCAGCAGGAGCAGCAGCAGCAGCAACACAACCUUGUUCUUGUUCUUCUUACUAUUACUACGGGGAGACAAAGGGGACUCGUCGCCACGGUUGGGGUACAGUAUACAACGGAGACAGAUUGCUGUGUGAGUGUGAAUUUUGAUAGUAAUCGCUUUAUUAUACCCGUCAAACAGCAGCAGCAGCAGCAGCAGCAGCAGCAGCAGCAGCGGGAGGGGGUGGGGGAGAGGGAGGGGAGGAGGAGUGAGCAGAGAGAAAGAGAGGGAGAGGAGGCCCGCAGCACGAGCGUUCGACACUCAAGAGGUGCAGCAGCAGCAGCAAAAGAAGAUACUGCUGCUCUGCUGCAAGGUGCAUGCAGCAGCAGCGACAGCAGCAGACGCAGCAGCUUCAGCAGCAGCAGAACCACAACCACCCCUCUCUCUCACCCCAAGACAAAACACCACCCCCACCACCCCCAGCAGCAGCAGCAGCAACAGCAGCAGCAGCAGCAGCAGCAGGAGGAAGAGGAGGAGGAUGCAUGCUUGUCCCAAGAAGAGGAGGAGGAGGGGGGCCCCCCUAUUAGGUCUAGCAGCGCGCAGGAUACUCCUGCUGCUGCUGCUGCUGCUGCUGCAGCAGCUGCUGCUGCUGUUUGUCAGGCCCGCAGCACGAGCGUUCGACACUCAAGAGGAACUCCAGCAGCAGCAGCAGCAGAAAGUGCAGCAGCAACUGCAGCAGCAACCAAACUCUCUCCUGCUGCGUUGAGGGGAUCCCGUCGCGCUCAGACCUGUCGUGUUGCACCCAAGACAACAGCAGCAGCAGCAGCAGCAGCAGCAGCAGCAGCAGCAGCAGCAGCAGCAGCAGCAGGAGGUGCAGCAGCAGCAGGAGCAGCAGGAGUUGACGAAGGGGAUCUAAGCUCUUCUUCUUCCUCCUCCUCCUCCUCAGCAGCAGCAGCAGCAAGCCCAGCAGCAGCAACAACAACCCCCUCAGCAACAGCAGCAGCAGCAGCAGCAGCAGCAGCAGCAGCAGCAGCAGCAGAUGCUCGUCGUCGUCUAUACCGUCGCGGUGCAACAUUCCCCGAGUUUACAACCCAAGAAAACCUAGCAGCAGAGGAGACACCCUUCUCUGAGGGUUUGCUUCGUGGCAGCAGCAAGAGGGACCAAAGAGACCCAUUAAGACCCCACAACAGAAGGAGACAGUUGCUGCUACGAGGAGGAGACAGCUUACCUGUUGUCCCUUCUGCUGCUGUUGCUGUGGGGGCCCCCCUGGGGGGGGGAGGAUCUCCCCCGCAGCACUGCAGCAGCAGCAGCAGCAGCAGCAGCAGCAGCAGCAGCAGUGGUAGUAGGGGGGCGGGGGAAGCGGCGGAGAAAAAGAAAGAUAUGAAUACAGAUGGUGGUGGUGGUGGUGUUGAGAAUAAAGAUAAAGAAAGAUACAGCAGCAGCAGCAACAGCAGCAGCAGCAGCAGCAGCAGCAGCAGCAGCAGCAGCAAUAGGAGUAUGAAGACAGUUGACAGCAGCAGCAGCAGCAGCAACAGCAGCAACAGCAGCAGCAAGGGCAGCAGCAGUAGCAGCACCACUAAUCUUCAUCAGCAUGUAUUCUUUCUCUCUCUCUCUCUGUCUCUCUCUCUCUCUCUCUCUCUCUAA